AUGGAGAUUGCCCGAUCCAAAAAGGGUAUUUCUCUAUGUCAAAUAAAAUAUGCCCUUGAGUUAACAUCUGAUAUUGGUUUACUGGGCUCAAAAUUAGCCAGUUUUCCCAUGGAUUCUCACUAUAAAUUGUCAAAAACUUAUGGUGAAUUGAUUGAGGAUGGAACAAGCUAUAGAAGACUCAUUGGUAGGCUACUUUACCUCACUCAUACCAGACCAGACAUCACUUAUUCAGUACAUCAUUUGAGUCAAUUCCUUGACUCUCCUCGAGCCCCACAUAUGCAAGCUGCUCUAAGGAUCUUGAAGUAUGUUAAAAUGCCUCCUGGACAAGAUAUUUUUUUCUCAUCAUCUUCGCAGAUUCAUCUCAAAGCUUUUGCUGACUCGGAUUGGGCUAGUUGUCCUGAUACAAGGAGGUCUGUUUCUGGUUUUUGUAUCUUUCUUGGUGAUUCUCUUGUUUCUUGGAAAUCUAAGAAACAAAACACAAUUUCAAGGUCAUCUGCAGAAGCUGAAUAUAGGUAA